CCUUUUCAAUGCAUCUUUACACGUGUACGCCGCUUUACUCAUCUUCCCAUAAAAUCUGUGUCUUGUUGUUUAUUUCAAAAGCUUGGUGUUGGUGGAAGUUUGGGUUUGAACUUUGAACAUGGACGAUAAUAUAUUACACGUUGCGCUGGGACAAAAUGUGAAAGAGUACAAAUCAAUCUUGUUAUGGACAUUACAGAACUCUGGGGGAAAAACUAUAUGUGUCAUUCACAUCCACCAGCCAGCAAAUAUGAUCCCCAUCAUGGGAACAAGAUUUCCAGCAAGCACAUUGACCAAACAGAAAGUCAGGGCAUACCGGGAAAUUGAAAGGCAGAAUAUGCAGAAAAUCCUAGAUGAGUAUCUUCUUUUUUGUCGCAAAAUAGGGGCACGGGCAGAAUCACAACAUAUUGAAAUGGACAGUAUUGAGAAGGGAAUUGUGAAUCUCAUCUGCCAGCUUGGGAUCAGGAAGCUUGUUAUGGGAGCAGCAGCAGAUAAGCACUACUCAAAGAAAAUGAUGGACCUCAAGUCUAAAAAAGCAAUCUAUGUGUGCCUACAUGCACCUGUAUCCUGUCACAUACAAUUUAUAUGCAAGGGGCGCCUUAUCCACACCAGUGAACUGGUUGCCAGUAUUGACUGUAGUGUAGGAAGUGGAACAGACGUUUCUUCCCUUGAUGGUACUGAUGAUUUCUGGACUCCAAGGGGGUCCGUUGCAGAAGGGAGUUCUGAUGAAUGGUAUCCUCCAGCUUUGGAUAAUUCAACAUGCUCUUCCAGAAGACCAGUUGACAUAGUUCGGAUUUCAUCUGUUAGGUCUGAUGGGACUGACAAUGGUUUAGAGUUAAACACACUUCCUCAGUACAAAGACAGUCUUCCUUGUUUAUCCCCUCCUAGUGUAGUGCAGGAUGGAAGUAUAGAUGAAACUCUCUAUUCUAAACUUGAAAAGGCCAUGACAGAGGCUGGGAAUGCAAGGCUAGAAGCAUUUCAAGAGACACAGAGACGUGGCAAAGCCGAAAAGGAUGCAAUUGAAGCAAUGCACAAGGCUCAAGUGUCAGACCGCUUAUGUGCUGAGGAGUUGAAACAAAGAAAAGAAAUUGAGGAAGCUCUAGCAAAAGAGAAAGAGGAACAUGAAAAGGUGAAAAUACAGCUAAGCAAAGCAAUGGAAGAUCUCCAGUUUGCCUUAGAUCAAAAAUCAUCACUAGAAAGCAAAAUUGCAGAAUCUAAUGAGAUGGUAGAGGGGUUGGAGCUGAGGAUUGUCUCUGCUGUGGAACUGUUGCAAACUUACAAAAAAGAACGGGAUGAGUUGCUGAGCUCCAAAGAACACUCUGAACCUCCUUCGUAUUUUCUGUGUCCAAUCUCCCAGGACAUCAUGCAAGAUCCUCAUGUGGCAACGGAUGGUUUUACUUAUGAAGCAGAGGUUUUGAGAGAAUGGUUUGACAGAGGACAUGACACUUCACCAAUGACAAAUUUGAAGCUUGAAAACUGCAAUCUUGUACCCAAUUAUGCUCUUCGUUCAGCCAUUCAGGAGUGGCAACAAAAACAUUGAAAUCUGAAACUCUUCCACCUCCACCAUAUACCACCUGUUCCAACCCACGGGUGCAUUUUGUAUUUCAUUAUUUUUUAUGUAAAAAAAUAAAUAGAUCGAUACAUUUUUCUUCUUUAUUGAAUCCUUGGUUCUGCUGUAGCAUAAUAUUGAAUCAUGUUGUAUUACAUAAUGGA